UAUUUAAUUACUUUAAAAUUUAAUUUCUUGAACUGAUCGUAACAAACCUGCAAUGGUAUAUCUAUCCCCUACUCCACUGACACAUAUAUUGUGUUUAUCCUUUUUAUGAUCUUUUUCUGUUUCUGGUUCCUUGGAAAAUAUAGCACAAUAAAACAUUGCUUAUAGCACAUUACAUAUAUUAGCCGCAACAACUACAUACCUCAGAUCAUCAUCAUCAUCAGCAUCCACCAUGAAAUCAGUGAUAGCAACCUCAUUUGAUGUCUCCGGCGCAUGUUUAUCUUCACGUCCUUCCCUCCUUAAUGCUUACCACACAACCAGCAGGCCUUCAUCUAUAGUGGCCAUCAAUUAUCAAAAGGGAUAUAGUAGUAGAAGGAUUCUUGUUGAACCCAAGUUUCCAUUUCGGAGGGAAGCUGGUUUGAGUGGGAGCUUAGAAGCUGUUGGAGUUCCAACCUCGGUGCCGGUGCGUGUAGCACACGAGCUUCUUCUUGCUGGCCAUCGCUAUUUGGAUGUCAGGACUCCAGAAGAGUUCCAUGCAGGACAUGCUCCUGGCGCAAUUAACAUACCUUACAUGUUCAGAGUUGGAUCAGGUUCUAUAUAUCUCACAUCUCAAUUAUACUAAUCAAGUUCUUAAUCAGAGACUAAGAACAAGUUCUCGUUAUUAUGUUAUGGGUGUCAGCUCGGUAAAAGGUCCAUGAUGGCUGCUACUGACUUAUUAGCCGCUGGGUUCACCGGAGUAACGGAUAUAGCUGGUGGUUAUGCGGCUUGGACCCAAAAUAACCUUCCAACAGAACUGUGAUGUGUCAUGUAGGAGCUGCAGCUGUAUAUAUACAAUAAAAUUCGAGUCGUAAGGCAGUAGCAGCAACUUGCAUACUGCCCAAAAAGAAAUACAUAAAUGGGAAAAGUACACAAAAUUAUAUGCACUCUGUAUAUUUUGUUGACCCUAGAAAUGUUUAUUUAGUUUGCUGAAUAAAAAGCGCUUAUCCCGUCCCAUCUUUA